CGGUGAGCGUCAUGGUCAGACAAAUUCAACACACAAAAACCCACGCUAGAGUCGAAGCGCCAGUUCGCUCGCUGCCCAAGGUGCCUGGAGAGAUCCGCAACAGAAUCUACGCCCUCGCAAACGAAGAAAGCAGGGUCUUCCUGCGCCGUCGACACAGCAAGCACGACGCCGAAUGGUCGAAGAAGCACCGGGUCUGCCAAUUCAAAGGCCUCACACAGGUGUGCCGCAAAUUGCGCACCGAGUUUUUGCCUCAGUACAAUCAGCGAACGAAAGUACACAUUCGAUUAGACGAGUUUGAAAGCUAUCUGCAAGACGUUCUACGAGUUGGUCACAUCGAAGACAGGGCUGUUGUUGGCGACGUUACCGCGUACCUCGCUGGCUGCGAACGCAGCAUCGACCUCGAUUUGCUUUUGCUGGUGCAGCUAUCUGGGUUGGCAAAAGGCUUCAACGUCCGGAUCAACCUGUAUAGAAACUACUACCUAGACAACUGGGUCGCCAAGCUGCUGCAGUCGAGUCGCAGCCCGACGAUCUUCAACAGGAUAGAGAGUACUGUGCAGAAGAUCAGGUUGAGUGAGAAUGAUGAAGGGGUCAUAGGACUUGUCUUGCAGAUGCGGAAGGGUCACUGGGAAGAAUGGAUGGAUCAUUGGUGUGGUGAUGGAACCUCCUCAGACCGUACCGUUGAGAAGGCCCUGCUUGAUCUAGCAAAGAUAUGGACGGAUACAGCUGGCGUACUCAGAGUUUCUAGCGGCAGUAUUUGAUGUUUGGCUUCUUUGGUGUGGAAGCGCUUGCCAAGAGUGAUACGAAAGGAGGCGAGGAGCGAGACUUUAGAGUUAUACACAGAACUCGAGAAGAUGAGGAG